UGUAAGAAAUUGGUCAUAUGAUGAAAAUCUCGAGUGUUGAUCCUUUAGACAAUACAGAUUUUUGAUUUUUUUUUUUAAUGAAAAGUAUCUGAGUGGCACGAUUCGAAGGAACAACACCAUGAACACAGAUGGCAGAUGGUAGUGAAAAUGGCAUCUGUCCUGUUCACAAGAUGCCUCUUGAUCAAGAUUGUGUAAAACACAGGGUUUCACAGUGUGAUUUGAUGAAAGACGACCAGGUUUCAGAGAAGGAGCAAUUAUGGAUGAGGGAUGUUGAACAAAGUCUGCCCAGACAGCCCACGGCCCCAUUGCAGACUGAUUCAAUUAGUCCUCCUUCUUACGAGGAAGUAGUUCAAAGACAAGACGAAGUUGGAGCAACAGGAGUCAGUUCUUAUUCUCCUUUUAUGUCCAACACAAGUAUCCAGCCUCCUGAUGCUGCUAUCCCAAUACCGUUACCUGUUAACUAUGGCGGGUUUUACCCUCCUAUGCCGCCUUCAGUGCAGGGGUUUGGCUCUGAUAACACAUCUUUCCAUGGUCAAAAUUUAAGUGGACCUUACAAAGAUCUGUCUAUGGGUCGUGAGACAUAUGAACAUCCCUUUCAACAGGGAAAUAAUGUAAAGCAAUGUGAAGGACCAGCCAUCUUACAAAAUUUUGGAAAAGCUUCAAGCGGACCUCCAAAACAGCUUAAAUUUCUGUCAAACAUCGUUCCUAGACAUUUGGAUGAACACGAGCCAGCUGAGAUAUCAGGGAUCACUUUUCUGGCGAACGGUAAUAUUGUAAUAUCUGAUAAAGCAAACUUUUCACUUAAGAUGUAUGAUGACAUGAAAAUACUGCUCGGGCACAGAAAAUUUGAUUAUAAACCCUAUGAUGUCACACAAGCCCCAACAGGCGAUAUUGCUGUUGCAUUUCCAAAAGAGCACAGAGUUAAUUUUUUUAGGUCACAUGACCUUUCCCUUGUUCCAAAUGCGUGGGUUACUAAUCCAAAAUCAAAAUGUUUUGGUUUAACUUCAAGUGAUGAGUACCUUUUUGUCAUCUGGAAAGAAAGCGAUGAAUCUGAAAGCAUUCGUAUUUAUAAUGAACAUUACUCUGAACUUCGAAAACUAGCCGUAUCCGCCGAACGCUCUCUGGCCAUAGAUCCAACAACUCUGGAUGUAUUUUACAGAGUUUUCAAUUUUGGCAACGACCAAAUCAAGUGUACCCAUGCCUUCGGCGACGCCAAAACAAAAUGGAAAAUUAAGAUUCCAAAUCCAACAGUUGAAGGACUGGCAUUUUUAAAAUCCGGAAUCCUUGUAUCAUCUUACUCUGCAGUACAUUUUGCAGAUUUUAGGGAUCACAGUUUUACGCCACUUUUGAAACUAAGAUACGCAAGCCACCUAGCUGUGAACAGAGACCGGUCCAUGAUUGCGCUGGUGAUUAAUGAAUGUAAUCUAACUGACAAUAAGAAUGAUGUUGUACAGUUGUAUGAUAUUGUUUACUGAGACUUUAACUUUGAUAAGAUUCUGAAAUAGAUACUUUCAUUGUCUCUGAGAGAUUAUUGUUUUGUGUAAAACGUUUUGACAAUCCCACUGACUAUUCAAAUUAGAAAUCUUGAACAGCUGACACUCAUGUUUAAACUGAAAAAGUAUAUUAAAAAUUUAUUAGAUCAAAUCGUCUCUCUUAAAGAUUAGCAUUGCCGUAAUCAUGAAUUAUACAGUGCAUGUAUUUUCAUUAUAAAUAUUUAUAUGAAGAGAGGUACCAGUUGAUAAUGAAUGCGAGAAUAGAAGGAUGCAUUCAAUGACAUAUGAAGAUAACGAACAGUAUUCAAUCUCG